AUGGGACGCGUCCUGCCGUCUCCGACCAGCCUCGCUGACCUUAACCAGAUGCUGUUUGUUCCUGCAGGCUGUGGAGGCCCAGUCACCGCUCCGGCAGGUGAGAUCCACUCACCGCUGUAUCCGGCCAGCUACCCCAACAACGUGGACUGUUCCUGGGUGAUCAGUGUGGAAGUCAGCCACCGAGUCCUCCUGAACUUCACUGACCUGGACAUUGAAUACCACACAAACUGUACCUGGGAUUAUGUAGAGAUCCAUGAUGGUUCCAGCGCUUCCUUUCCUCUGCUGUCCCGUGUUUGUGGCUCCAGCACUCCUCAGCCCAUAACCUCCACCACCAACACCAUCUAUGUCCGAUUUCGGUCCGAUUCUAGCAGCAACCAUCGAGGGUUCAGCGCUAGGUUCUCUGAAGCUUGUGGAGCAACGAUCACAGCAGAUGAUAUUGGUGGAGCAAUUUCAUCACCUCGGUACCCAGAGAUGUAUCCGCCCAACCAGAACUGCAGCUGGAUCAUCAAAGCACAGGAGCCAUUCAACCAUGUCACCCUGUCCUUCACUGACUUCGAGCUGGAGAUGCUAAAUUCCAACUGCUCACAUGAUGCCGUGGAAAUUCUUGAUGGAGACAACUACCAGGCGCCUUCUAUCGGGCGAUACUGCGGCGAUGAAAUACCCCAUCCUGUGACGUCCUUCAGCAACUCUCUGGUGGUAAACUUCAUCUCUGAUCACUCAGUGUCCAGGAGAGGAUUCAGGGCGGUCUACUCUGCCUCCACCUCCAGUUGUGGCGGCGAUCUGGUGAUGCAGAGCGGGGCCUUUAACAGCCCCAACUAUCCAGACGCCUAUCCUCCAAACAUGGAAUGUGUUUGGACCCUGAGGAGCUCACCAGGGAACCGUAUCCAGCUCUCCUUCCUUAUGUUUCACCUUCAGGGAAGCUGUCAGAACGACUACCUGGAAAUCAGAGAAGCAAACUCUUCUGGACCUGUUGUUGGUCGGUUCUGUGGGGCGGAGCUUCCCUCCAACUACACCUCUGUGAGCGCUCACAUCCUGUGGGUGAAGUUCGUCUCAGAUGAAUCAGUGAGCGGGGCCGGCUUCAGAGCCACUUUCUCACAUGUGUAUGGCGUUGAUCUGAUCGGGGAAUCGGGUCAGGUUGCGUCUCCGCUGUAUCCCAGGAAUUAUCCUAAUGAUGCCGAUUAUCGAUGGACCAUAACGGUGGAGGGAGACAACUACGUCCAGAUCCGCUUCCUGGACAUGGAUAUAGAGGACCUCUAUAACUGCUACUAUGACAAGCUGAAGAUAUUUGAUGGCCCAGAUGUUUACUCCUUCCCUCUCGGGAGAUUCUGUGGUCUGAACCUGCCCGAUCCAGUGAGGAGCUCAGGAAGCACCGUGACUCUGCACUUCCAGUCCGAUUCCUUCAUAGCAGGAAAAGGCUUCCUGCUGGAGUGGACGGCUGUGCAGGACUCUGGACCACCACCCACUAUCCCACCAGGUGCCUGUGGUGGACUUCUCAUGGCCGGUUCUGCUCCUGCUUUCCUCUUUUCCCCGGAAUGGCCUGAAAUCUAUCCUCCUAGCCAGGAGUGUACGUGGCUGAUUCGCGCCGCUGACUCCAUCGUAGAGCUGAACAUCUUGUCUCUGGAUGUGGAGGGAUUCCCACCCUGCCUCUAUGACAGCCUCAUCAUCAGAGACGGGUCCACCAGUCUGUCCCCAGUGCUAGCCAGUGUGUGUGGCAGGGAUCCUCCAGGCUCCAUUCACUCCUCAGGGGACUCCAUGUUCAUCCACUUCUCUUCAGACAGCAGCAUCGGCGGCCGAGGCUUCAACGCCUCCUUCUCCAAAGGUUGUGGCGGCUUGCUGCAUGUGGACCGGGGGGUUCUGAGCAGUCCUCACUACCCCCAGAACUACUCCCCUGGUCUGAACUGUAGCUGGCAUGUCAUGGUCACACCAGGCUUCCGGGUCUCUGUGGUUUUCCAAAGCCCCUUCCAGAUUAACGGCUACGGCACCGCAUGUAGCUCUGGAGACUACCUGGAGCUCAGAAACGGCCCAGAUGGUUCGGCUCCACUCCUGCAUGAACGUAUCUGUGGUGCAAACCCUCCACCCAUCCUCCAAACCACAGACAACCACCUCUAUGCUCACUUUGUGUCUGAUGCCAGCAACGAGGCCACUGGCUUCAAACUGACCUUUGAGGCACAUAGUCAAGCCUGUGGAGGCUUCAUAGUGGUCAGGGAUGAAGACCCUCCAGGAUACAUCACCUCACCCAACUACCCAGAGAACUACCCUCAAAACGUGGACUGCAUCUGGGUCAUAACCGUCCCCAACGGAGAAGCUGUCCAGGUGGACUUUGAGGACUUCUACAUCGAGCCCACCUCCAGCUGCUCCUACGACUACCUGGAGCUCAGAGACGGUUCGUCUUUGAACUCGGACCCGAUCUCCCGGCUGUGUGGCAGCACCAGACCCUCCACCCAACAUUCCAAGGGUUCCUCCAUGCUGCUGCGCUUCCGUACCGACACCAGCGUCACGCACAAAGGCUUCAAGGCCCGCUACUCCAUAGCAACGUGUGGAGGAACCUACAUAGGUGAGACAGGGGAGAUCCACAGCCCUGGCUUCCCUGCAUCCAGCUACCCUCAGGACUCCAGCUGUGAGUGGUACCUGGAGGGGCCCACGGGACACUACCUGAGCCUGAGCUUCAGUAACUUCAGCCUGCAGAGCAGCCCUGGAUGUUCUGCAGACUAUGUGGAGGUCAGGGAGUACAACGCUACAG